GGGCCCCCUCUGCUCCACCCCAGCCCGCCAUGGCGUCAGGCGCCGCGGCACCAGGGAGGUGGUUCCCACUUUAAGUGAAGUUUUUCGUCCCCUCCCCCUCCCUGCCCACCUCCUGCAGCCUCCCGCGCCCCGCGGAGCUGGCGGAUGGAGCUACGCUGCGGCGGCGUAGGGAGCCAGGCUGUGGGGCGCAGGAUGGAUGGGGACAGCCGAGAUGGCGGCGGCAGCUGCAAGGACGCCGGGUCGGAGGACUAUGAGAACCUGCCGACCAGCGCCUCCUUAUCCACCCACAUGACAGCCGGAGCGAUGGCCGGGAUCUUGGAGCACUCGAUUAUGUACCCGGUAGACUCAGUGAAGACACGAAUGCAGAGUCUGAAUCCAGAUCCCAGAGCCCAGUACACUAAUGUCUACGGAGCCCUCAGGAAAAUCGUGCGGACUGAAGGCUUCUGGAGGCCCUUGCGAGGUCUCAACGUGAUGAUAAUGGGCGCAGGCCCGGCCCACGCCAUGUAUUUUGCCUGCUAUGAAAACAUGAAAAGGACUUUAAAUGACGUUUUCCACCACCAAGGAAACAGCCACCUAGCCAACGGGAUAGCUGGGAGUAUGGCCACCCUGCUCCACGAUGCGGUAAUGAAUCCAGCAGAAGUGGUGAAGCAGCGCAUGCAGAUGUACAACUCGCCGCACCGGUCGGCCCUCAGCUGCGUCCGGACGGUGUGGAGGACUGAGGGCUUGGGGGCCUUCUACCGGAGUUACAGCACGCAGCUGACCAUGAACAUUCCCUUCCAGUCCAUCCACUUCAUCACCUACGAGUUCCUGCAGGAGCAGGUCAACCCUCACCGGGGCUACAACCCGCAGUCCCACAUCAUCUCAGGCGGGCUGGCCGGCGCCCUCGCUGCGGCCGCCACCACCCCGCUGGAUGUGUGCAAAACCCUCCUCAACACUCAGGAGAAUGUGGCCCUCAACCUGGCCAACAUCAGCGGCCGGCUGUCGGGCAUGGCCAACGCUUUCCGGACGGUGUACCAGCUCAACGGCCUGCCCGGCUACUUCAAAGGCAUGCAGGCGCGCGUCAUCUACCAGAUGCCCUCCACGGCCAUUUCCUGGUCGGUCUAUGAGUUUUUCAAGUACUUCUUCACCAAGCACCAGCUGGAGAAUCGAACUCCAUACUAAAGGAGCAGGCUGUGGGAAGCGAUUCCAGAAUCUUUUAUUUUAAAAGGCUUUCCCUGCCUGCUUCCCUUCCCUUGCCCUCACACCGAGAUGAUUCUCACAGGGUGUCUGCAGGGUGGGCCUUCCGCUCCCUGACGCCUUAGAGAGAGGAGAGGACCGGACAGCCGCUUACUGGGAGGCCAUCCGUCCACAGGGCCGGCUGAGGUGGGGGUAGGCGGGGAGGGACUUGGAAGGGGAGUGAGAAAUUGCCUUUUCUCUGCUCCCCCCAAGAGGAAUGUAGCGUUUCUGCUUCACUGUGCCAGUUUCCUCCCCUAGAAAUGUAGAUCACACAGAAGGGAAGAAAAUGUGCAGUGACCGAAAACAUUACAGAACAAGAAAAUCAUGUAUAUAAAAGUUGCUGUACACAGUCUAAAAUAGAUGGAUAACGUUUAUCCUUUAUUUUUCUAUGUAGAAGUUUUUGGAUUUGUGUGUGUGCCUGUGCGUGUGUACAAUUAAGUGUUACAGCUGGGAAUAUAAAGCUGUUUUUUAAA